CCCCGCCCUCUUUCAGACCGUUUGCGUUACAAAUAAAUGAGAGGAGACGAGCCGAGGGCCAGAUGCUGCGCUUACUCCUAUACAAUUGCAGUCGCGGUGAUCUCAGCACCAGCACCAGUCGACAUUUGCUGCAGCAAUUACCACUGCCAAGAAUAGGAGGACCCUCCCAAACGGGGACAAGCCGCCUACAAAAUGCCACCCGCCUGAUAAGACAGCACAUGACCACAAGCCGACCACCACCCCCGCCAGCGAAUCCAGCACCCGCAAAUGCCAGCCGCUUGUUACAGACCUGCCGAGCGCUCUUUUGGGCAGGAGGCAGUUUAACCAUUGGCAUGGGUCUGCGCAACUGGACGGCUCAUUGUGAGGGCAAUCGUCUGGCUGGCUAUAAUCACAGCAAAUCAGAUGCGGCAAAUGAUACUGAAGUAGAGCAAAAGUUUGACUGGCAACGACUUUGGGGCUAUCUGGAACCGCAUCUGUGGGAGCUCAUUGGCGCCGUAUUUGCAGCUCUAAUUGUGGCCUAUAUCAAUAUACGCAUUCCCAAUAUGCUUGGCGAUCUAGUCAAUAUGUUGGCUCGUUAUGCCAACACAUUUGUGACGAACAAUUCCUUUGUUAAGGAUGUAAGCAAACCGGCCAGCAAUUUACUAAGCCUGUAUAUGUUACAAUCAGGUUUUACCUUCAUGUACAUUUAUCUGCUCAGUCGCAUUGGCGAACAGAUGGCGGCCAAGAUGCGGCAGGAUCUGUUUAAGCAGAUUGUCCUACAGGAUAUUGCCUUCUUCGAUGAGAAUCGAACUGGGGAGCUGGUCAACCGACUGACCGCUGAUGUUCAGGAUUUUAAGACAUCGUUCAAACAGUUUGUGGCUCAGGGAUUGAGAAGUACAGCCCAAUUGCUGGGUGGCAGUAUAUCCCUCUUUAUGAUCUCACCCCACAUGGCGGCCAUUGCCCUGGCCAGUGUACCAUGUGUGGUGAUGUUCAUGUCGUAUCUUGGACGCAAGCUGCGCGCUUUAAGUAAAAGUUCCCAGGCCCAAGCGGAAAGGGCCACCGGAGUAUGUGAGGAGGCCUUAUCGAAUAUUCGAACUGUUCGCUCCAGUGCUUGUGAGUAUCGGGAGAUGCAAUUGUUCGAAGCGGAGACAAAUGAAGCAGCCCGUUUGGCACAGGACUUGGGGUAUGGCAUAGCCAUCUUCCAGGGUCUAACGAAUUUCUUCCUGAACACUUUGGUUUUGUCCACCUUGUUCAUGGGUGGCCAUUUAAUGUCUACCGAGAGUCUGACGCCAGGAUCAUUGAUGGCGUUUUUGGUUGCUUCGCAAGGUGUACAAAGAUCACUAUCCCAGGGAUCCAUAUUGCUGGGUACCAUGAUUCGGGGCAUGACAGCGGGAAGUCGUGUUUUCGAAUUCCUUUCACUGCAGCCUCAAGUGGAGCUGUUGCGCGGCUAUAUUAUUCCCCAGGAGAGAUUGCAUGGCGAAAUAAGAUUUGAGAAUGUCUCCUUUGCGUAUCCUAUGAGGCCGGACCAGAUGGUGUUGAAGGACUUCAGUCUAACGUUGCGCCCUGGCCAAACCGUGGCUUUGGUGGGCGCCAGCGGAUCAGGCAAAUCGACAAUAGCGUCCCUGGUGGAACGCUUCUAUGAGCCUUCGGGAGGAAAUAUCAAACUGGAUGGUUAUAAGCUCUCUGACAUUUCGCCCUAUUGGCUGCGGUCACAUGUCCUCGGUUUCAUUGAGCAACAGCCUGUACUGUUUGGCACCACAAUAUUGGAGAAUAUACGGUAUGGUCGGCCUGAUGCCACAGUCGAGGAUGUCCAUGAUGCCUCAAAAUUGUCGCAAUCGCAUGAUUUUGUCGAGGCUUUGCCCGAGGGUUAUGGCACUCAUGUGGGCGAGCGCGGAACUCAAUUGAGUGGUGGACAACGUCAACGCAUCGCCAUUGCCCGGGCACUACUUAAGAAUCCUAGGAUUCUGAUAUUAGACGAGGCUACCAGUGCUCUAGACGCAACCAGUGAAUCGGAAGUGCAGAAGGCUCUUGAUAAGGCUGUGCAGAAUCGUACUACUUUGGUGAUAGCGCAUCGCCUAUCCACCAUACGUAAGGCGGAUCUUAUUGUGGUUUUAGAUCAGGGGCGCAUUGUGGAGACGGGGAAACAUGAGGAACUAAUGGCCAAACGUGGCCUGUACUAUGAGUUAGUGCGUCAGCAGGAACGACGCGAUAUCCAGGAACACGUUCAAGCCGUGGAGGAGGCAGCAGCGACGAAAAGCGCUACUCAUUCAAGCCUGCCACAAGGCUAACAAAUAGAUAAUUAAUAGAAAAUAUUUUCUUUUCCUUUCCUUACUCUCCUAGUCAACCUCUUUCUAUGCAAACCCAUUGUACAAUUAAUUUAUACAAUCGAAAUUUUUUAUUUUUUCCCUUAAUUAUUUCAUUCCUCUUCUAUUUUAUCAAAACGAAAAUAGGGAAAUUUGGCUACUCCUUUUUGGUUACUCCU